AGGCAGCCGCCCCUCCGUCGCUGCGACAACACGAACACAUACAUCCAUACCAACUGCAACAGAAACCGCAACAGCAACCGCAUCUGAACCUGCAAUAUCCCGCUUGCCCCACCUCGGCCUCCCUCCAGUCACAGACACCGGCCGCGAGCAUGAGGUACACAGCAGAGCAGCUAGAAGGGCUCAGGCAAUCGCCGCUGGUGAAAAAGCCAGAUGGCUUACCGUCAAUCCUGCAAUGGAUGGACGUGCCUGCCGACCAAAACAACAAUAACAACCACACCGCCAACAAUGGCACUGCUCGCCGCACUCGAGGCGCACGAGAUGGAGAAGGAGCUACUACUGAGCAUCGCACGGAUCGUCCCCUCAUUAACCCUAUGGGUCAGUUCGGGAGACGUCAGAGCAUGCGUAAGUCUGAAGGUCCAGGCCUGGUCGCUGCUAUUAACGCGCUCUUUGUAGAACCGGGCGAGGAAACGGUGCUCGGUCCGCCGAAGCUCAACUUCACAUCGGCAGCUCGAGCAGCGAAGAACGCAGGUGACAAGCAGGAGCGCACGGGUGUCAUCUCGACCGACGGCGAUCAACUCGGCGAUCGCUUCCCUCGUGACAAGAAUGAGCGAUGGUCUCGUGACGGCGACCGAGAUCGAAACCGUGAGAGAGGCAUCACGAAUGGUCGACGCGGUGCACGAGAGGAUGGCGAGGGCUGGACAAGCGUCAAGGGUCGUAAGAGCUUAGGUCAAGAAGAUUUUGAGCGCCUCAACCGCAACGGCGACCGUGGCGACCGCAGUGAUCGUAAUGAUCGCAAUCGCGAGAAGACUGAAGGCGGCUUAGAAGAUGACGCUCCUCCACGACGUGGUCAGCGUGAUCGGACAGAGCGCACAGAACGCUGGGGUCGGCGAGACGAGACAAAGGAGGAGGGAAGCAAGUUUGGCGUGCAGGGAGGUUGGCGUGAACGCACACAACAACCACAACGCGAACAGCGCGAACGUGGCGAACGCGAUUGGGAACGAGGCGGAAACCGGGCUGAGGAGGAUCCUGAAUGGAUGGACACAAAGGUCGAGAAGAAGAAGGAGCCCCAGAUCAAGACACAGGCAGACUUCGAGCGUUGGAAAGAACAGAUGAAAGCCAAGGAUACGCCAGCUGAGGAAAAGAGUGCGCCAAAGGAGACCUUUGCUGAGCCUGCAACUGUGACAGGCAUUGCUGUACCGCCUAUGUUCACAGCACCGGUUCAAACUCCAACAACCACUGAGCCCACGCAAGGUAUCCUCUUUGGAAACUGGGGCAACGUCAAGGGCGCCGAGCUGGGUCAGAACGAAUCGAUAUUAGCAAAGCCGAAGCCAGCAAAGGCAUCAAAGUUCAUGAGCAUGUUCGCAAAGUCCGAGGAACCAGCAGCGCCGAGCCCAGCCCCUGCGCCGGCUCCUGCAUCACCUGUACCCAACGUCAAUGAGGAUCAACAAGGCUUCCAGCGUAUCCUACAGAUGCUUGGCCAAGUCAACGUUGGCGGUCCUCAAGCAGCACCACCAAAUCAACCAUCGCCACCGAACGGCGUCAGAGUACAUGGAGGCGGCAUCUCGUUAGACUUCCAGCAGUCACCACCACCAGAACUCCAGAAUCACAGGCCUCCACCAAACCGAACUCUUGAGCAGCAGAGCAUCCUCCAGAACAUCUUAGCUCCUCUUCCCGCGGCGCCAGAGUCUACACCAUCGCAGCAAGCGCGAUUCAACACCAUGUCUCCUGAGAACGCACUCCAGGAUCAGUUUGGACCUCCUCGACCUGAGUCUGGACGUCAAGAGGGACAGUCUCCCUUCCAACAACCUCCUUCGAGGAACCCUAACCCGCAAGAUGCCAAUCUGGCUGCCAUUCUGAACAGUCGUGCGCGCGAAGACUCACAGCGCGACCAAGGGCAGAAGCAGCGUGAGCGUGACUUCUUACUCACACUCAUGCAACAACCACGAGCUACACCGCCACAAAUGAUGAAUCAGAAUCUUCCUCGAGGCGGUCCACCAAUGGCCAUGUUCGAAAAUAUGCAGCAUGAGCAGCGACCUCAGCCCCAGCAGAAGGGCCGCGGCGGACUCCCACCUGGUUUCAUGGAAGAUCCUCGCAUGUUCAGCGAAGGCGACAUGAUGCGCCAAGAAGCUCAGCGCAGGGAGCAGGAGCUUCGUCAGCAGCUCAACAUACAGCAGCAGCAGCAGCAGCAGCAGGAUUUGCGGAACAAGAACCAACGUCUACCGAUGGGCUUCCCCGGUCACGAAGACCCAGCACUGAGCCUUCAGCGCCGCAACACCGCCGGCGAGGUUCCUCGCCAAAUGACCAAUAUGGGUAUUCCAUCCCAGCAACACCCUGACAUGCCCUACAUGGGUGGUCGCGGCCAACCAGGAAUGCCACCAACGCCCCAAGACCGACCAAACAUUGCACCUCCCCCAGGCUUUGGAGGCCCGAUGCGCCAGCCGCCUGGCUUUGGUGGGCCCAACCCGCAGCAACAGAUGGGCCCAGGAGGACCAAGCUUCUCAGCAGGUAACACCCCGCUUGGAGCUCACCCUCCCGGUCUGCCACAGCUUGGUGGCGGCAGCAUGCGUGGAAUGCCACCAGGCUUCCCUGGAGGCCCUGGCGGCAACGGUAUGCAGGGACCGCCACAAGGCUACUUCCCUCCUCCACCAAGCUACGGACCGCCACCGGGUAUGCGAGGCGAGGAUCCUAGGAUGAUGUUCGAUGGUCAGUUCGGUGGACCAGGCCCAAGGCAACAGCAACAAGGUCGCCCGGGACCCCCGAAUAUGUACUAGGAGUAUCCAAGACAACAGCAGGACAGCCCACGACAACCAAACACGUAUUCGGAGUUCUCGAUUUCUCUGUCAUUCAGUGAGCUCAUACCUGGCAACUUGUCUGAUCAUUAGGAGUAAUGGGAGUUCUAGAAGUGGGCGGAUGGGGUAGUGCCUGAAGUAGAGGCCCCAACAAUACCGAGUCCGGUGCGGC